CUGUGGGCGGCCGCGCGUGGUGAAGCGCGCUGACGCUGAGCGCGGUGUUGCUGCAGCGGCGGGGGCUGUGACGGUUGGCGCUCACGUGGGGCGGAUUUGAACGGGGUCCCGCCUCUCAUGGCGGCGGCGACGACAAGAGCAACAACAAGAAGCUGAGGGAGUGGAGGGAACAUUUUAUUGAGCUAACUGGAAAUACACAGUUUGAAGACAAGAAUGAAUCUGCCAACUGAUGAUGUCAACUUUAUAACUGAAGAAACAUUUGAUUUUGGGACUGGCUUUCCAGCAGAAAGCCAAGAAUCAUUGCUUGAAAAUGAUGCUGAAGAAGCGUUGCUCGGUGACACCAGGCGGUCUGAAAGGGGUGCUGCUAUGGGGAUUGAUGUGAACAGUAACAAUGGAAGCCAGCAGAAAACAAAUGAAGGUGUAUUAAAGUGGAGUCCUCUAAGUGCAGAGAAGCUGGUAGAAAUAGUGAAAGAAGCAAACCGGCUGGCAAAUCAAUUUGAAAAAUGUGCCUUGAAAGAAAAGGAAACUGCCAAAAGACAGGGGAAAGAGGGCAGAAGCUGUGGCGACCGUUCAAAAUUAGAAAAAGAAUCCAUGACCAAAAUCAGACUUUUACAAGAGGAAAGAGCAUGGAAAAAAAGCCCCCGCAGCCCAAGGAGAGAUACUUACUUUGUGUUAGACAGCCCAAAUAAAGCACUUCUUCCUUCUGUGGAUCUUCAGGUUAUAAAUGAAAACUGUGCAAUCAGUAAGAGCGCAGAAGUACCAUUUGAUAAUGGACCUCAAACUACCAGCUGCAGAGUUGAGUCAACAAGUGAAACUGAACAAAUAACCCCUGACAAACCCAUGAGAGCAAAGGAGGGUAACCUAUCAACAAACAGCAAGCAAGCUGCUGUUAAGAAGUCAGUGCUUGCCAGACCAUCAGGUCUGAAGCUUCCAUCUGGUAUUAACAAAAAAGGAAACUUCCAUUUAUUAUCAUCAUCAAAGCCCUAUGAGUAUCCUUCAAAAAAGGAUUUACCCUUGCCGCCAGCUGGAAACUUAAAACAAUCAAGAGGUAUGGCGCUGAACAACCCAGUAAAUCUCUCAAGAGAGUCAGGAAGAAGUACUAUCAUGUACAGUAAACCAAGCAAAGGAAAACCACCACUGAUGACAGAGAGGAAGAUGUCCUCAUCAACUCAUUUAAAACCCACCACUGUCACAAAUAUUAAGAUGCCUCCAAGUACUUAUCGAGCUGUCACCACAGAGAACAAUAGUCGAGGUCAAGUGUCUGGCAAGCCAAUAGUUCCGGGAAGUCGUUUGCGGCCUGGAUCGACCGUAUCUGUUCGUGCUGGGACCAGAAUGGAAAGAGGCAAUUCAGAGGUGCUCAAAGGGAAGGGAUCAGAAACGCAAUUCCAGAAAACAGUUGCUCCUACUAAACAUGUGAAUUCAAGUGCAACAACUUCAACAAUCCAAAAUAGGUCUCUGCCCAAGAAAGUGACUUUAAGUAAUGUAAAAAGAUGAUCACUUUUGAGGUUCAAUGACUACCAGAGCAGCAGGGAAUGGUUUUGUUGUGGGUGCAGAGACCUCGAGCUUCACAGCAGCUUUCAUGAACAUUCCACCUUGGGAUGAUCUUUCCCCCUCACGUGGAAAAUAUAUGCAAGGAAACGGACAUGUUCAGGAAAAAAAAAUCCUGGUGGAUUUUUAUCUUUGAUGAUAAGAAGAAAUGCAUUUCCUCUGUGAAUACAUAUGUAUGGAUUUAAACCACUUAACAUUUAGAGGUAAUACAAAAAAUAGUUGUAUAUUUUAAAUGUUAUACUUUAAUGUGAAAAUUCAAUUUCUGGGAAUGAAGAUGUUUAUUUGUGCAUCUUGUCCACUCAAUUUACUGGAAAAUACAAGUUCAUGCAGUGGUCUAUAAAAUGCACAUUUUUCACAGUACGAUCAAACAAUGGACCACGCAUUAUGAUUGAACGGUUAAGGUAUGGGCUAAAACAUCCCAUCACAGGCAAUUUUAAAAGUGAAUAAUUACAUUUUGUAAUUUGUGAGUCUACCAGAAACCCCCAACUCAAUGGGUUCACCAGUUAUCUUUGGUGAAUAAAACUGUUAUUCCAGCCUGUUGUUGCCCACAUGCCAGUGUUCACAAUUUCACUGCCAGUGCAAUUAGCCCAGUUAUUUGAUUAACCUUUUUUUUAAAGAGAGACACACGUUAUAUAUUUUUUAAGGGGGGGAGGGGGUGAAAGAUACACUUUUGAAUUAUAUUCUAGGUAAGGUUUGGAUAUAGUUCUAUUGUAGCAUUUACCUCUAUUAUUUUGAACACUACAUUAUAUGUACAUCUUUCAUUAUUUCCCCCAGACAAGCAGCAAUAAAAGGGUUUUGUA